AUGGAUUCUUUUAAAGAGAAAGCUCUCAUUCUUAACGAUAUUCGAUCUAACCUUAUGAAACUCUCUUCCAAAUUUCAAAAUGAUUCCGACUCAAUUUCUACAGAUUUUCGUACAUCCUUUCGUCAACAACUAUUUGUCGAUCACGAUUAUGAUCCAUCAAUCUGUGACGAUGAAAUUUCCUUCCUUAAACUUUUCGAAUGUCAAUUAGAUUAUGAAAUACCUACCGAAACGAUACAUCAAGAUGAAAUUUCAAAAAUAGAAGCAUUCUUGGGCGAAGAUGUCAAAACAGAAUAUUUGAAUGCGAUAAAUUCCGCACACAAAUUUUGUCUUCAAAAUUGUCGUGAUCAAAAGAGGGCUGCAUUACGAGAUAUCUUUAUGCUUCCAUCCGGAAAUAAGGAUUACGUGAUAAAAACAUUGAGCCGAAUAGAUUCUUCUUUUGCGGAUAUGUUAUCACACAUGGUUGAACAAUUUCGUGUUAAUAUUGGUUUUUAUAAUGCAAAUUCCACUUCCAUAAAUAAUUCAACAUUAAUCAACCAAACGCGGUUCACCGAUGAAAUCAAACAAAUUCUUGAAAACUAUUUCUGUGAAGUAUCUGACCGCCCGAAACACUGUGAAAAAUUAGAAUUAAGCAAAUCAACUGGGUUGACCAUAAAACAGAUUGAAACUUGGUUUAAUAACAGAAGGAACCGCGCAGAAAAGGAUAAUGAAAAACUUGAGAGAUUGACCACCGAAUUUUUAGAUAAAAAUGUGGAUUGGGAUGAAAAAUUUACUGCUGUCAGGUCAGGAAAGAUGACUGCAAAGGACAUGAGAACUAGUUUAAUAGAAGCAUUCGAUCUACCAUAUAUUGAUUCGAUAGAAGAAGAUUCAUUUGCUAUUGCUGAAGAGAUCGAAACUGCCAGGUCAAACGAAUCACCCUCCGUUAAAAAGUCUACCAAAACCCGUGGACGUCUUACAAAAGAAGCUCGUAAAAAGGUUGCUCCUUACAACAAAUCUACACCCAUGACGACAAAAAUAGCAAUGAUGCGAACAAACAAUGCUAAAAAUGACUCAAUUCCACAAGAUGAAGAUUCCCAAAAUCCCACUUCUGUUGUUCAACAUUCUGCUCAGCUCUACGAAAAUGAAUUUUCACCAGAGUCUAAUAUUUCUCAGCAGACUACAACAGAUAUAUUCAAUAAUUCAGUUGCAACAACAGAUAUAUUCGAUAAUUCAAUUGCAACAACAGAUAUAUUCGAUAAUUCAGUCGCAGCAACAGAUAUAUUCGAUAAUUCAGUCGCAGCAACAGAUAUAUUCGAUAAUUCAGUUGCAACAACAAACACGACCACGCUAAAAAUUCGCCAUCGUCCUAAUAAGAAUUUGACAAGAGCAAUAUCACAACCAUACAAUCGCACUCGACAAAAUAAACAAAUAAUAAAAGACAAUGAACCAAUUAUCUCCAGAGUUCCAUCUAUGGAUGAAGAUCAAUUUCAAGUAGCGGAAGAAAUCCAACCACAAAACCUUGAUUUUACCCAAGUAAAUGAUAUGAUACAAUAUGCUUCGCUUUCUAGGAGCUCCACAAGCUCUUUUGAAGGUGACUUCUUUGAUUAUGUAUCUACAUACGCACCGACAACAAGUUUUAGUAAUCUUUCCGACAUAUCCGACUUCAGCCAAUUAAGUGACGCAGUUGAGCUUGAUCAAUUAAGUGAUCUCUCGACUGUAAAUAGUUACUCCACAUUACCUUUUGAUUUUGAACAAUAUGGUUCCUCAUCCACGAUUGAACAAUCGUUGAAUGAUCACGAUUUUACUUUUAAUGCGGCCACCAUGUCCAAUUUAUCCGAUAGCUACUUAGAUUGUACGUCAAACACGAAUACUUUUGUGUCAACGAACACUUCACAAAAUUUUUCUUCGGAGCAGGCAUCCAUAAUUGACGUGACAAAUCAAUACAAUUUGUUCGAUCUCUUACCUGAUAAUGAUAUGAACAUUACUCAACAAACUUACUUUGGCAACAGUAGUUUUACUAUUGAUUCUCUCGGUGAAAAUAUUGACCCUAACGAUGUAGAAUCAUAA